UAUUGUUGUGGAUCUCUUGCGGAAGUGACUCAUUUUGGAAAAUUGUUAGGUAUGAACGAGGCGUCGUUUAGGUGUUUACUCCAUUGCAACAAACAAACUCUGAUCUAGAGAAUCAUGAUGAAGUGUGUUCUGCUGCUUUUGGUUUUGAUAGACAUCACUCAUCAACAACACAUUCUGCCCGAACACAGAAGGAGUCACUGCAGUGCCCUUAGGUCCGCGGACAUCAUGGAAUACGCCAUGCCCGUGAUUCAGCGCAUUCAGGAAAAUUACGAGAAGCUCAGACGUGAACAUGAAGAAAUACUGGUCAAACUGAAUGACAUCAGUCAUCAACAACACAUUCUGCCCGAACACAGAAGGAGUCACUGCAGUGCCCUUAGGUCCGCGGACAUCAUGGAAUACGCCAUGCCCGUGAUUCAGCGCAUUCAGGAAAAUUACGAGAAGCUCAGACGUGAACAUGAAGACCUACUGGCCAAACUGAAUGGUUUAAUACCUUUGACCUGUCCAGAGGGAUGGGUUCUUUACGACCAAAGCUGUUACCUUUUUAGUCUUUGGAGGUUCGCAUCAUGGCUAGCAGCAAGGGACUACUGCCAAUCUAAGGAUGCUUACCUUGCGGAGAUCAGGAGCGACCCAGAAAAUGAGUUCGUGAAGACACAACUGAGAAAAAUGGUCAUGAAAGAUGUCCCCAUGAUUGACAGGAGUUACUAUCUAGGUGGUACGGAUGAGGGUCACGAGGGUGACUGGAUUUGGGCCAGGACUGGGGAGAGUAUCAUCUAUAAUAAUUUUAUACCACCAGAACCUAACAGUUACAAAUCAUUGCCUGAAAACUGCCUUACGAUGUUUGCAUUUCUUAACUAUACCUGGAAUGAUGACCUUUGUGAUUCGCCGCAAUAUGCAAUAUGCAAAACCAGAGCCCACUUUUGAAGAAGACGAAGAAGACAUUAUUUCGGAAUAACACGUGUCAUUUUCUGACUAUUACUCUGAAGCAACUUUAGGAACUAUGUUAGUUCCACAUCAAGUAUAUAAAUCAUUGAAUCUG